GUCCACUGCCACUGUCCAACCAGUCUUCCUCAAGCCUCCGACCAGACGACAGUCCACCAUGUGUGUUCGGACUCUUUUGCUCAUAGCGACAGCAAUGACUUCUGUGUACGCCCAACGUCUGCAACUGUAUGAAGGCGAAACGUGUAAAAGGGUUGGCGGAGUGGAUUGGACGUGCAAAAAGAUUAGAGAUUGUCCCAAGGCUCAGGAAGCUCUUCAACAGGGGAGAAGGCCAGAGACAUGUGGGUUUAGUAAUAACCAGGUGAUAGUGUGUUGUGAACCUCAGAGGCGUAGACCGACCAGACCGACCAGACCUCUCCCAACAACACCGAACAGCAAACCUACGCAGCCCAACAGAGGACCUUCGCAAGUUGGUGUGAAAAGCAAGGAAAUGUGUAAGAAGUAUGCAGAGUCUGUUUUCAUUAAAAUACAAAGCUUCGAAAAUGAAGAGUUUAACAAAAUUGACACUUGUGCCAACGUCGAGCCUCUUAUUGUCGGCGGCCGCGAUGCCCAGCCUAGAGAAUUUCCACAUAUGGCUUUGAUUGGUUAUGGAGAUAAGGACAAUAUCCUGUGGAAGUGUGCAGGAUCACUUAUAAGUGAACGCUGGGUUCUCUCCGCAGCUCAUUGUACUCUGGACGGUGAAGACAGGCCAAAAUUGGUGAGGCUCGGUGAAUACAAUUAUCGUUCAAAAGAAGACGAAAAAGAUAAGAUAUCAAGAGUGGAAGACGUAGACAUCAUACAAACAAUAAACCACCCUCAGUACGAUAAUAAAACUGAAUUCAACGACAUUGCCCUAUACAAGCUCAGCAGGGAUGUCACAUUUGGCGAAUAUAUUAGACCGGUCUGUCUUCAAACUGAUUUACAAAUACCAAAGAAAUAUGGACUCAUCACAGGAUGGGGUAGGACAGAAUUCGGUGGAAAAAUGAGUGAUAUUCUUCAAAAAGGCAACGUGACCUUCAUGAGUGGAACUGAAUGUAGGAACUAUCUUAACAAUAUUGCAAAACUAGAUAGAGAAGUACGAGAUGCUUUACAGAUUUGUGCUGCCAACUUCUUGUCAAAUACUGAUACAUGCCAGGGUGAUUCAGGUGGUCCAUUGCAAUACCGCCUGAGAGAACCGUACUGCAUGUACAGUCAGGUGGGCAUCACUUCAUAUGGGAUCAGGUGUGCUUCUGCAUUCCCUGCCGUUUACACCAGGGUCUCAAACUAUAUAUCUUGGAUAGAGAGCAUCGUCUGGCCUUAGAACAUAAUUAUUUGUAUUAUUCUUUUAGUUUGAUCAAGAGUUCUGUCCCUAGUUAGCAGUGGUGUAGUUCUAAAUUUUCCUGUGUGAGAACGCUUACCGUCUAAAAAAACAAAACAAAUUGCCUAGUUUUUUUUGGGAAAAAUCAGAGUGAGAUAACUCCCCCAUUACAUAACUGCUAAUUAGGUCAACUAUGCUAUUUUUUUUUUGUUUUAUGUUAAAACUUUGUUAUAUAUCUUUGUUGAUAUAGACUUUAAAAAAAUAUUUUAUCAAAAGCUGUUGAACAAA